CUAAAGUGAGCGCAAUUUACUUCUGAAAAAUGGCAAAUAAAGUUGAUAAACUGCACAAACAGGCUUUACGGGAGCAACAAAAACGAAUUAAACCUGGAGAAUGUAUGAAAUAUGUACGGCUUGUGAUAGAUGCCGGAUUUUUGGGGAUUCCUGUGGGUCAACAGCUCCUUCAGCAGUUGAAUUCCACCAGCUUGAAGUAUGAAAUACGAAGUUUGCCAGUCAGUCACUGCAUAUUUUGGGAGCGUAAUGUAGGGCAACAGACAAUUGCACCCGGAACAAGUCCAACUGGUCUAGAUGAGGCGUGGAAAAAAGAGGAUCAAGUGAUACAGUGGCUUUCUGAAUCCACUUUCCACCAGGCUGUCAAGGACCAAAGCUUGGUUUGUGUGGGGCCCAGGUUACAGGCCUUGUUUCCCGAUUGCCAAUAUACGGUGGCACUUUCCAAGCUUCGUCACAAUAAAAACAGCAGCACCAGCCAGGAUGCUUUGAUAGAAAUGCAGCUGCUUCAGGAGCUUCAUGUGGAGCAGCUGGACCGACCUGAAAGCCAGGAACUGUUGGCCCUUAUUCAGCGCUACACGAAAGCCAUAGCGGAGGCCCCGUACAAAAAGCAGCGCAACGAGACCCUGGGAUGCUUCAAAAAGUACGUUGCCAACGAUAAGAAGCAAUGCGUCCGCGUUGAUCAAGGCAAUGGAUACGGACGCCUCUGGCAACAGCAUUUGAAUCGCUUGCCCCAAGUCACUCUCGAAGUGGCAGAGUCGAUUAUAGCUCAGUAUCCCUGCCCAAAGAAGCUUCUAGAUCACUUUUCGAGUGAUCCCACUUCUAUACAGACGUUGGCUGACCUGAAGAUCAAACGCUGUAAUGGACCCCAGCCCAUGCACACCGAGAGGCGCAUAGGAAACGUUUUAAGUAACAAAUUACACACUCUUUACAAUUCUAGGGAUCCAAAUACUUUGAUUUAAGCUUUUGAAUCUUCAACCAA